AUGGCAUCUUUUCCGGAAAGAUCCCUCAAAGUACAAGUCACCAUUUUGGCCUCUGAAUGGGGAUCAAGCAAAGGAGGGCUGUCCACCAUAAACAGAGAAUUAGCCAUUCAGUUCGCCAAAUGUCCUGAAGCGGAAAUCACUUUCUUUCUUCCAAAAUGCAGCCAAGAGGACAAAAAAUUAGCCCUCCAACACAACGUAACGAUUAUCGAAGCGACUCGCCGGCCUGGCUUAGAAGAACUGGACUGGCUUCUCUUUCCACCAGAACAUUUACAAAUAGAUGUAAUCGUUGGUCAUGGGGUUAAACUUGGCAAACAAGCACAAAUCAUGAAAGAAUCAAAAAAGUGUAAAUGGAUCCAAGUCGUGCACACAGACCCAGAAGAACUGGGAAUGUUUAAGAACUAUUCCAACCCAAUUUCCAAGGGUGAAGAGAAACAUAGAACAGAGGUAGAGCUGUGUGAAAUGGCGGACCUCGUUGUAGGAGUUGGACCCAAGUUGAGUGGAGCCUUCCGUUCGUAUCUUCGUGGUUGCCAAAAAGAAUUCAAAAGGGUGGUAGACUUUACCCCUGGAGUUUUUGAAGAAUUUGUCAGCGUGAUUCAGGACAUUGAAGAAGGAGAACAGCGCAGUGUCUUGGUGUUUGGUCGUGGGGACGCAGAAGAUUUCGAACUUAAGGGGUUUGACAUCGCAGGAAAAGCGGUCGCUGCAUUACAAGAUACUCGUCUUGUGUUUGUUGGCGCCCCAGAUGGAAAACACGAAGAAAUAGCGAAGCGGUUAACCGGAUGUGGUGUUCCUGCAAGUCGCUUGAGAGUAAGAGGUUUUAUUAAGGAGCGAGAGAGUUUAAGGCGCUUGUUUCAAGAAGUGGAUCUUGUAGUCAUGCCUUCACGAACAGAGGGCUUUGGGUUGGCAGGACUUGAAGCCUUGUCAGCUGGUCUCCCUAUCCUUGUCAGCCGCAACUCAGGGUUUGGACAAGCACUGUGCAGUGUACCAUUUGGUUCAUCCUUUGUAGUAAAUUCAGAGGACCCCACUGAUUGGACUGCAGCCAUCUCGAAAAUAUGGGCCAAGGACAGAAAAAGUCGACUUGAGGAAGUGGAAACUUUGCGCGAUUCGUAUGACAAGAAAUAUAACUGGACCAAACAGAUAAAAGAUCUUCUUGACAAGAUGAUUAGCUGGACCAACGGUAUGAAUGUCAAUUGCAUUUUUUAUUGUGCUUUAAUGUGUAGGUCGAGCUGUCCACUCUAAAAAAAUUGUUUGGAUUACUUAAAACGCUGUCUAGGAUGAAAAGAAACAAAGGCUUUUUCUUGUAAAUGAUGUUAUAUACAACCAAAGUUUCCGGCUACAGUAUGUUUCCGAGUAUCCGGACACUUCAGUUUAACAUUGCAAUAACUUUCCUUUGUUAAUCGCAAGAGCUCUGCAAUUUGGCCCAGAGAAAAUAUAUUUGGUCCUUAAUAUGAUGAAAGACAGUUUAACUUUUUUGCCUUUGUUUCCAUCGCGAAAUUUAUAUUUGCAGAGCUCCUAAGUUGCCCAGUAUCCGGACAGCUGGCCCAGUAUCCGGACACAACAAUAUCAACGUAAUUGUACAUAACUUUCGACAGGCAAGCUACUUAUAAGCUUCUCUUGCUCUUGCAAAGUGGUCCGGCAAUCGAUUCCAAAAAUAUAACCUCGCUCCGUGAAAUAAAAUAUAUCAAACGCCUGGGGUAUGGUGGGGAAAGCGAGCGGCUGUUAAAUGGUAUAAUUCUUACUUCCUUGUCUAGGAACUUUUUCACUGAUUUAAGGAAGGCAUCCGUGGACAUGUCGAAGCCGCGGUUUGCAAGCUCAAUUAGCCAAUUUGUAAACGACUUUUUUUCUUCAUUUUUUAUUUUAAAAAAAAUGCUUGGGGAAGGGACCUCAAUCCGACGGUCAAAGGUCACUCUCCUGUUUAGUCUGACCUGCAUUGUUGAUUUCUUCAUGCUCAGUCCCCACAAUAAGCGGCCUGCUUUUCUAGCUCUAAUUCCUCCUUCUUUCACAUCUCUCAAUCCCUUUGUGACAUUUUAAAGACCGUUGCAACCCCAUUCUAGCAGUCACAACUGGGGAAAGUAUGAGAAUUCCCGGUUCAACUCCGACGCUUUCGGUUAUAUAUUUAAAAUGCAGUCACGCGAAACAAGCCGUGCACACGAACUCAAGUCGCCUCAUUACAUUUUACGACUAUAUCAUAUAUCCUAAGCUUUAACUAUAGUUAUAGAUAUGAAAUAAAUCUUAUCCGGGUAAUGUACACAGCUAAUUCAUCGAUUCUGUACAGCAAAGAAAAAACUGUCCGGAUACUGGGCACCUGACAUCAAUACUUAGUGUGUGUUUCUGGGCUCCGUUAUUCCAAACAAGUCGAAUUUCAAGAAGAAUUAAUAAACUUUCUGAGAACCUAACUUCUUUAAGUAUCUUCACUUUAAAUAUAAAACAGUUUCUUUAAAAAUAUCACGUAUUACCUACCCUUUUCUGAGCAGCACUAAUUUUACUGCGCAGUAAACAGCGUAAAUAUUAGCCAUGAAAAGUUUAUUCACCUGAACAGAACGGCGUCUUCUGCGACUGUUUCGCAAGCUUUCAACUUGUUAAAACCUUCAUCUUGAAGCUGAAAUAUUCAGCUUUCAUUUGAAAUACCUCAUUUACCGAUAGCUAAAAAGUGCGCCUCAAGAAUUGAGUUUUUGUUUUAAGUGUCCGGAUACUGGUACCGUCCGGAUACUGGGCAACAUACUGUACUCUCAAUCCAGAAAAAAAGAAACCUGAGCGUUUUUACUCUUUCAUGCAUUCCUAAAAGACAACAAUCUUGUCCUUUUUUCUGCAGUUGAUUUUUCAAAUGUUCAGAGCUUCCCCGAAACAAUAGGUGGAACCGUUGUAUCUUCUCACCUGGCUUCUCAGGCUACACGAGGCACGACAGAGAAACAUGCAGGUAACCCUUAAAUGUAAAGCGUGAUCGGAAUAAACAGCGUCGACGAUUUCUCUUCCGAUUCUGUUUUUGAUAGUCUGUUACGGUCCAAUAUCGUAGUCACCUUUUAAAGCCUAUAAGAGCUAUCCCGCCAUAGAACUCAUUUCUAGUCUUUUGAGAAUAGGAUCUAGAGCAGAAAACUUGGUACCGUUCACAGCGGUAAUAACUUAAUUUCGCAGUGAUUUAAGUCAUGGUCGGUUACGCGAUUAUUUCUUGCCCUCGGUAAGGAAUGCAUGAAAGAACAACUAAGCACAUAUAAUAAACAAUUUUAACCCUUCAAAGUUAAGAGAAACGUCCAUGGAUAUGACACUAAUUGCCUUUUGAAUCUUAUUUGUUUGUAAGGUGAGUGUAGGAUUGAAAGGAAGAAGAGAAACAAUGAGGAGGACAUCACGAAGAACCUUCAAACUGGAGCGAAGGCCAGAAAGACCAUGGGCGAUAUCGGUGCUUCCGGAUCUACAAGUAAGAGCUCAUGAUAAAGCUCAACUUCGCUGCGUGACCAGCGUCCCAGCAUCAGUCUUCUCUUUUCCUUUCUCUUGCUUUGCUUCAGGUGUUGGAAAGAGGACACAGCCCGAAAAUAAUAGACCUUAUCUGUUCUGUUGUUUUGUUACUUCGUCGACUUCUGCAAAACAGUCCCUUUCCAAAUUGAUCAUAUUUACGGUCGUUCUAAAAAAUGUCGUCAAAGGAGACAUGCUCUUGGGAGCAACGCUUGGUUUGUGAUGAGAAUGGGGCUUUUAGCGAAUAAUGUCUAUACAGUGUACUUAGAUUUUAACACACGUACUGUAUCUUAAAGGAUUUUACUUUAGUAGAUCUAGCAAACAAAUAAUGAUUUUGUUUGAUUUUUCUGUUAGAUCUUGAUUCAACUCAGUAUACCUCCACCAAGGGGAGAUCAAGUUAUUCCCGGUUAUGUCGUCUUCUAAUCAGCUUGGGUUCAAAAGCCCUCAGAGAAACGUUUGACAGAAUAAUUCCACCACAAAGUCUUCAACGCAUUCUGAAACGGAACCCAGCACACUUUAAACUUCAGUCACGUCGAAAGGAAGGGAUACUAAACUCAGUCCAGUGGAGUAAACUGUAUCCUACCACACCCUCCGAAGUUUCAUCGGCAGGCUUCGACAUCCCCCUGCUAAUGGUUCUUCUAAGGACAAUCUGUGAUGUAAGUCCUCCACCCGCUGGUUGGGAUGCUCCUCCUCUUCCCGAAGACCUAAGCCGUGAGUCUGACAUUGCGCGUCUGAAAUAUUUCUUCAACGCCGUGUCUAGCCAUUCUGGAGAAGGUUUUGUUAGUGAUGCUGUCUUCAGUAGUUACUGGCAGCAGAUCCAUGACACUCUGGUACGAUUGGGAGGAGCUGAUUAUGAAGAUGUCAUUGAGCAAAUGAGGUGUCAGGAAAUGGACGUCCUAGGUGAGGAACAUUUCAGAGAACUUCUCAAGCAGUGGAGGAAGGUGGAGGACAAUAUCAAAGACAAACUGAAUGAACUGGAACGUGCAGAGGCUUUAAAGAUGGCAGGUGAGCUUUAGUGGUGAAAAUAUGUCUGCUGUUUGUAUUAACAUGGCUAGAGUUUUUCAGAAUGAUUAUAAUAGUAUAAGAAGACUUUCGAUGUGGUCAGUUUGGCAACGAACGGUAAUUUUUGUUAUGUGCUUUGCUAUAUAUAACUAGGUCCUGCCUGGAAAGGUAAAAUUGUCAUUGAACGUUUUUGAUGACGAGAUUCAUAGAGAUCUGAAAUCAUAGACCCCUGCUGAUGUUCGCCUAUUCAAUAGGCGAACAUCAGCAGGGGAGCUCUGUAGAAGUAAUCAACUUUUUACGGCUCAUUUGCUUGGAGGUGACAAAUUCUCAUAUCAACGGAAUUCCUGUACGUCAACAAGAUUUCGGUUCAACAAAAAACUCAACUACAAAUUAGCCGCAUUGGAAGUCUUUCUGCCGAACCGGAAUGCAUUUGCCUCUGUAGUGGCUUCUCUUAAAAUUUAUUGUACUUCGAGAAGAGUGAUUUUACGUACUUCUUACUGGGAAAUUUUCUAAGCGCCAGUUAUUUAACUGGUAUAUUACAAAAUCGCGUCAUAAUUAACCCCUUUUCUGUUUGAACGCUUUUAUCAAACCCCAUUUAUCGUAAAUAAUUUCAAUACAGCAUAUAAGGCAGACUGGAAAACUAAAGCACUUAUUUUCUUUAACUAACCCACCAAGAAAGAGGCCUGGAGAUCCAAUGAUUUCUGAAACCGCGGCCUAAGGUAACCCGUAAUGGUUUGAAAGUAAUGUCACUCUAUUUUCUUUUUGCCUCUCUCGCAAGUGAAAGUGAGAGUUCACAGAGACUGUGCGGUUUUCUCGAGUGCGUUUUAGAAGCUGCCUUAACGGAAAGGUUACUCCACUACCGGAAUUAAAACAUCGAGGAAAUUAUUAAUUUAAAGCCGCGGAGUAAAUUUUAUAAAAUUCUCACAGAGCCACAGCCUAAAAAGGCUAAGCUGCUCUGUUGAAUCAGGAAGGCCAAACUAUUUUACUUAAUGCUAGACGGAGAUUCAAACGAUAUCUGAGAAGCGAGUUUUUAGUUCCCUCUGAGACACCCGGAGAAUAAAAUUCUCGCAGAGCCACAGCCUAAAAAGGCUAAGCUGCUCUGUUGCAUCAGGAAGGCCAAACUUUUUUUCUUAAUGCUGGACAGAGAUUCAAACAAUAUCUAAAAGCGAGUUUUUAGUUCCCUCUGAGACACCCGGAGAAUAAAAUUCUCACAGAGCCACAGCCUAAAAAGGCUAAGCUGCUCUGUUGCAUCAGGAAGGCCAAACUUUUUUCUUAAUGCUGGACAGAGAUUCAAACAAUAUCUAAAAGCGAGUUUUUAGUUCCCUCUGAGACACCCGGAGAAUAAAAUUCUCACAGAGCCACAGCCUAACAAGGCUAAGCUGCUCUGUUGCAUCAGGAAGGCCAAACUUUUUUUCUUAAUGCUGAACAGAGAUUCAAACAAUAUCUAAAAGCGAGUUUUUAGUUCCCUCUGAGACACCCGGAAAAUAAAAUUCUCACAGAGCCACAGCCUAAAAAGGCUAAGCUGCUCUGUUGCAUCAGGAAGGCUAAACUGUUUUACUUAGUGUGGGGCAUGCACUAUCAUCUUCACAGAUCUAAUCAGUGCAAAAUUAACUAAUUAAUGACUCGUUUGCGAUCAGGCUUAAGAAAUAGUGAUCUCCAUCAACAUUUUCCAUGAACAUUACACUUUCACAUCAUUAGCAGUUAUUGAGAAUUUAUGAAAUGAUCGAGUGAUCAGUGUCGACCUUAAAACGUUUUUGCGCUAAAGUGAUAAUAGGUAUCCUUUUGAAGAUGAUACAAAGGAACCCAAAAUAGACUUAGCAAGUUUCGGCCGACGUUUAGAAAAUUGAAAAGGGCUGGAGAGCAUCACCGUUCAGGCUAAAUCCAGUCAGCGACCCUUAAUAAAAAUCAUUUAAGCUUACAUAAUCAACAACGACGUGAAUGCCCGAGUUUCUGACUUGACGGUCAUCUGCCACCGUCAGGAAAUCGUACGAUAUUGCUUCUCGAAUGAAUCCCUCAUCUUAAUUUCCCCAAUUCAUUAAUCCACGACCAAGUACCUUUUCGAGAUCUUCUCCGCACGACGAAACGCUUUCUCUGACUUCUCUGACCGCUUCCCGCUAUAUUUUCUAGUAGCUGGAAGGAAUCUAGUCCUUCUUUGAUCGCUUUAAACCCGCUUUCGUCUGCAUUUCAUCAGCGCAAGUUAAAGGCUCGUGCUAAGGUUGAAACGACAACAACAUGAUCUUUCCUCUUUGAAAAACCAAACCUUGAUGGGUUGACUCGAGCGCCCGGGGGGGGGGGAGCACUUAAGGAAUUUCUGGGUGGGGAUGUGCCGCUUGGACCCUGGAACCCUUGAUCUAUACCAGAGCUAGUUGAGCUGAAUUUUGGUACCCUAUACUAGAGUAAACUCCCAGAAUCCCCCUAUCCUAUAGUAGCUGUUUCUCCAGUCUAGAUAACAUCUUCAACCAACUGAUCAGUUUCCUGAAAAAUGAUACCCUAUUCUAGACCCAAACGCUCUGAUUUAUAUACCCUAUCCUAGAGUAAACUGCUUGAAAACCAUACCCUUCACAGCGGCACAUACCCAUAUAGCCCAUAUAUGGCAGUACCCCCCCACCCCCCGGGCUCGAGCGCCAGUACUAUCUGUACUAUCGACCAAAUCAUAAAUAGCCAUAAAUAAUCGGCCCUGCUACUUCCAAACAUCAUCUCUACAUAAAAAGCAUAAAAUUUUGACUUGCCAUGAAUUAUAUCUGUCGGUAAAACCAUUUGGUCACUGAUACUGCGUACGAGACUACCUUUGUUUGGCAAGCGAGGGUCCAAAGACUGAAGAUGCUUUUCCCGACGAACGCGCCACUUUCAUGCCGGCUUGGAAAUUCGCGCGAGAUCGCAUUGUGAUACAAAUAGUAUCUGUCUUUCGUCUCAGCUCGUCUUCCAUCAGUGACGCAAAGUACACAAGUCAUGACAGAUUAGUGGCUAUUAAUUGAAGCCUAAUUAGGUUUUUACAAGGACACCGGAAAUUGAAACUUCCUCCCUGUGGUGAAUUUCAAAGUCGUAUGAAUCUCGUCAGAGUUAGGCAAACGUAAGUUUUGCGAAGAGACCAGAUGCUGAGUCUGAAUCACGCUAGGUCUUGAGUAAACAGUCUUCCAACGUACUUUGACAACUUUGUUGUGGGAUUGCUAUGAAAUUGCAAUCUUCAGAUUAAGUGGAGGCGUUGUCCUCCACAUACCGUUAUGGUCUGUUCCUUUAAGUUGAGCCCUUCUCCUACGGGAGUAAUCGCGGAUAGGUUGAACUUGCUGCAAUAUUGAUCACGAUUGAUUUUUUUCCAAGGCCUUGAAAUAAGUAAUGUGUAGGCGCUAGUAACGUGCAGUAAAAAUUGUUUUGCUUGGAAAGAACCCAUUUUGGCAAGUUAAAUGUAAAACAAUAGGUUACGAAAAUAAUGAUACUUACGAACGUAGAGAAAUCUUAAAGAGGUACUGGCGAAGACUAGUAGUAUAGUACAGACGAACUAACGGAGGGAUAAAAGUCUAGAGACUCGCAUCCCAAGACGCAGUGAGAACAUAAAGCUACGUCAGUAAGAAAAGAAAACUAUUAACUAACCGUACCGAAAAUAUAAUAAACAGUAGGAGACAAGUAAAGGGAACACUUGAUGACGUGAUACAAUCUGACAUUUGCCGUAAACGUAAUUCUAAACCGUGACGUAGACACAAUCGACUACAACAGCAGGAAUGAUCUGACGUGCAGCAAAGCGUUAAGAAUACUAGAUUACAACCACAUGAACGCAUUGACAUAACAAAAAGCGGUAACGAGACAUGACUAACAUAUAUUGACAUACGGGAAUAAGGUUAAUAUCAUAGGAACGAAAUUAUGUACGGGAAAUGGGUUUGAACUGGAAAUGAUUACGCACGAACAAAACUAAAACAACAAACGAACAAGAGUUUGAAUGAACGAACGGACUCAAAUGCGAGCUGCACGCACAGUACAUUCCCAGCUGAAAAAAUUACUAAAAAUUAAUUUUUUCAUACCUGGUGACAAUGGCAAGUGAGCUGUCGAUUGGACAAUCGAAGGAUGCCUUUUUCUUUUUAGGGUUUUCUUUGGUGGCAUAAUAGACUGUUAACAGUCCCCUAUGUUUUCGUAAGAUCGUCAGGAUCGAGCGCUUUUCGGUACGGGCGGCCUUUUUGAUUAGGCUUUGAUUCGGGACACUGAAAGUUAACCCACACAGUAAUUUUUAGGGAGUUAUUAUAACUCCAAAAAUGGAGUAAAAAUUUUAGGUACAGAAUAACCCCUUUUUUGGGGUUACCUUAACUCCAAAUUUAACUCCAAAUUUGGGGUCAUUUUUACUCCUGAGAAAGAGUUCUUUUUACUCCCAGUCUGGAGUUAAAAUAACUCCGAAAAUCGGGUUAUUUUUACUCCUAACAUGGGUUGUUUUUACUCUUUUUGGAGGUACUUUAACUCUGAAAAUGGAGUAAAAAUUUUAGGUACAGGAUAACUCCUUUUUGGGGGUUAUUCUAACUCUUCAAUAUCUGGGGUCAUUUUUACUCCUGAAAAAGAGUUCUUUAAACUCCUUUUUGGAGUUAAAAUAACUCCCCAAAAAAUAACUCCACUGUAAGGAGUUAAAUUAACCCCACUGGAGGAGUUAUUAGAACUCCUUGAAAAUUACUGUGCAGAUGGCCACCCGUAACGCAAAGCGCUCGAUCUUGACGAUCUUACGGAAAAGUAGGGGACUGUGUACAGUUACGGAAACUUUUUUUCAAGGUCAAAAGAAAAUCAUUCUAAUACGGUACGAACGAGGCGACAUACGGAAAAGCGCUUAGAACACAACACUAAUGCCAUACGAAUAAGCCAACGUACGGAAGUGAGGUUAGAAGACAAUACUCAGUACGUUUUCUCUCCCACUAUAGAGUGUUAAAGAAUAUCCACUAUAAGUAAUUAUCGGGCAAGAUGACCUACCAUUGAUUGUUAGGCUGACAUAUUCGCGGUUGACCUGCCUUGAUUCAAGUCAUGGUUUUCGGACAAUGCAAAUCACAAAGAGGUUAGGUUAGAAGACAAUACUCACUCACACUUAAUGUCUUGCAACCCAAGCAAAUAUAAAGAGUUGACGAUCAAAAAGAGAGGCAACCACGAUCUCUAUUCACCUAUUGGGAUGAUACCAAGCUGUAAAGAAGUUGAGAUUUUGGGCGUUACCUUCCAAUGUGACAGCAACUUUUCAGUGCACGUGAAGAACAAAUUUAUUAAAGCUAACAAAUCCCUACAUAUCCUUAGAAUGCUGCGCAAAAGAAGGGUACAAUCAGUCAGAAAUAGACCUUCUCUUUAAUACUAUAGAUCUACCUAAUAUUAAUUACGCAUUAUCUGUCUACGCCGCGUCUGAGUCCGAUCUUACACCCGUACAAUGUUUCUUAGACCGCUGUCUUAAAAGGAAAUAUACGUCUAAGCCUGUAAGUGUUUAUGAUUUCUUAGAGAGGCAAGACCGUAAAAUUUUCAGAAAAGUUUCCAAUGCCAAAGGACAUCCACUUUUAUCUAUUAUGCCUCGUGUUAAACCCUCCAGCUACAAUCUUAGGAAAGAAACCUAAGAUUAACACUAUACGCUUUAAAAACUCUUUAAUUAAUCGUUUAGUUUUUAAAUAUGAAUUAGCUAUGUAAUAUACUAGAUAUAUACACCGAUAUAUAUAUAUUUUUUAAUUCUUACUUUUUAACUUUUUAAAAUUUCUUACACUUACUUGUAACAAAAGAUAUGUAUUUUUAUCUCUUGAUGAAUAAAGACUUUAUUAUUAUUAUUAUUAUUAUUAUUAUUAUUAUUAUUAUUAUUAUUAUUUCACACCAACACAUUUACCAACAAGAGGACGUAAGGAAAAAUGUUUAAAAGGCAGUGCUAAUACAGUAAAAACUAGCGGAGAAAUCUGGAGACGCGGGAUGGAAUUGGUACAGCUUCGGUUUUCUUCGGUUUUUGUGCAUGUCAGUAUGAAUUCUGUCCAACUGUCCGGUGUUACACAAUUUCCACUAUAAACAGUAAUUGUCGGACACCAUGAUCGACUAUUUAUUGCUGAGCUGACAAGUUGCACGGUUGAGCUGCCUUUAUUUCGAGCCUUGGUUUUCGCACAAUGUAAAUCUUAAUGCGUGCAUUUCCUUUCAUAAUUAUUUGCAGCAUUGAAACCUAGAUACACAUUAAAAGUAAUUUACUCAAGCAAAACAAAAUGCAGGUUAUGAUAUUGUGCAUUUUUUUCAGAUUUUUCAUUCCCAACCGAAAUUGUGGAAAAGAUGCGUCAACUUUACGGAACACGUGAACAACGCCUCCUGCCCGUUCCUUGGUGUGAAGAUUUCAGUUUUCAUCUGAAUGAAAUUUUUACCAGGUUGAAGAUCGUGAGCAAAGAAAAAACCCGAGGAGUACUUACUGACGAUAUUACCGAUAUGACUGCAAUCUUUAAACCGCACGCAGAAUGCCAAAGGCCGCGAACAGUCUUGAUUGAAGGAGACCCUGGCAUGGGUAAAAGCACGUACUGUCAGAAGCUAGCGUAUGAUUGGGCAACUAAGCAGAAGGAGUUGGACCCCUCUUUUCCAGACAUUGACGUGCUAUUACUUCUCAAAUGUCAUGAUGUGAAAUCAAGCAUCUGGGAAGCUAUUGAUGAUCAAAUCCUUCCUGCGGAAAUUGACGAUCAAGCUAAAGAAUGCUUCUUCAGAUUUGUUCGUGAAAAUCAGUCGAGAGUUUUGUUAGUACUUGAUGGAUUAGAUGAAAUGGACUCCACUGAAAUGAAAACAAUCUAUAACUUGGUUGAGGGUAAAGAACUGUCAGGUUGUCACGUUAUACUCACAUCUCGUCAUGAGGUAGGGAGGAAACUUAGGAGGUAUUGUGACACUCUGUGGGAGAUUGUAGGUUUCACCGAAGAAGAUGCAUAUAGUUUUAUUCGUACGUACUUUAAAAACAUCAAAAGGGAGGACUUACUGGAGAAUUUGUUACAAAAGAUUCGGUAUUCGGAUGAGUUAAGAAACUUGUCCAAAAAUCCCUUGAACGUAACCUUGCUUUGUGUUCUUUGUGAAGAUUUAGAGGGCGUUUUUCCAACGAGCAGGACUGAAUUAUACACUGAGAUUGUCCUAUGUGUUUUAAGGCGAUAUGAAAAAAAGCAAGGAUUGCCGAUUAAAAGUGAAGACCUCAUGAGCAUCUACAGGGACGAUAUAGUACAUCUGGGACGAGUGGCGUUACAUUCUCUUCGAAAAGGAGAGCUAUAUUUUGAAGAACACGAAUCUGGAAGUACCUCUAUUGCUUUAUUGAAGUUUGGAUUUCUUUCAUUCCAGGCUAGUGGCUGCAAGAGGAAAGCUCUUGUGCGUUAUGCAUUUCUGCACAAAAGCUUCCAAGAGUUCUUUUCUGGAUUUUAUCUUGCGUGCCAAAUUCUUGACGGAGGUAUUGACUAUGUCUCAGUAGUAAAAGACGAGAGAUUUAAAAACGAACUAAAGGAAGCGUUUCUAUUCAUGUUUGGAAUUUUAGCCUCAACGAGUAAGGAGACAGCAGAGUCUGUUAUUAAAACUAUGGCUGAAAAUAUCAAUUUAAUAGAUCCCGAUUGUAAAGAAGACAUUCCUGAAUUAUUUCGUUUAGCUUUAGGCUGCAUUUUAGAGUGCACAAGUUUAUCUCGUACCCUAGGGUUACACCUUCACAUAAGUAAUUUAGAUUUGAGUUCCGUCGUCAUUCGUGAUUCUGGUGUUACUUCCCUUUCCCAGGCUCUUGCGACCAACUCCUCCUUAACUAGUUUGCAUUUGAGUGGGAACGUUAUUGGUGAUUCUGGUGCUACUUCCCUUUCCCAGGCUCUUGCGACCAACUCCUCCUUAACUAGUUUGGAUUUGAGUGUGAACUUUAUUGGUGAUUCUGGUGCUACUUCCCUUUUCCAGGCUCUUGCGACCAACUCCUCCUUAACUAGUUUGAAUUUAUGUGACAACGAUAUUGGUGAUUCUGGUGCUACUUCCCUUUCCCAGGCUCUUGCGACCAACUCCUCCUUAACUAGUUUGAAUUUAUGUGACAACGAUAUUGGUGAUUCUGGUGCUACUUCCCUUUCCCAGGCUCUUGCGACCAACUCCUCCUUAACUAGUUUGGAUUUGCGUGGGAACGGUAUUGGUGAUUCUGGUGCUACUUCCCUUUCCCAGGCUCUUGCGACCAACUCCUCCUUAACUAGUUUGGAUUUGAGUGACAACGUUAUUCGUGAUUCUGGUGCUACUUCCCUUUCCCAGGCUCUUGCGACCAACUCCUCCUUAACUAGUUUGGAUUUGAGUGUGAACUUUAUUAGUGAUUCUGGUGCUACUUCUCUUUCCCAGGCUCUUGCGACCAACUCCUCCUUAACUAGUUUGGAUUUGAGUGUGAACUUUAUUGGUGAUUCUGGUGCUACUUCCCUUUCCCAGGCUCUUGCGACCAACUCCUCCUUAACUAGUUUGAAUUUACGUGACAACGAUAUUGGUGCUUCUGGUGCUACUUCCCUUUCCCAGGCUCUGGCAGCCAACCCCUCCUUAACUAUGUCGUAUUUGGGAAGUGAGGAAGAUGAGGAUUAA